AUUUUUUUCACAAAACAGAGAAGAGAGAACCCUCAGUCACCACUUCAAUUGAAAGGAAAGCCUCACUCCCUCACCGGCGUCUGGAACUGGAAGCACCGUCGCAGUGAUUGAGAACGUGCCUUACAUUCCUAUUCUGUAUUGGAAAAGCAAACCCUAAUAUCUCUUCUUCCCCUUCAGCUCAGCUCUUGCUUCUUCCAAAGUUUUUGUUAAUUCUGAGGUUUAGAGUAUCGGCAUUAUGGGAAGCGAAGAUGCGAAAGAUCCAUUCAAAGGGGUGGAUUGGAAAGCCGUUGGUGGCGAGAUGCAGCAAAAUCCGAGUGCUAAACCUGCAUUGAAGAAACGAUUACCGAAGAAAGUUAGGGAAAUUCCUGAAUUCUAUUUCCUUCCACGAUGGCCGCUGCCCAAGGCCAUUUUAUUCUGCAGCGCAUGCAUUGGUGGUGGUGUAGCUGCUGGAAUGCUUAUUGAGACCUGGAUUGAAAAGAAAGUUAAAGAAGAUGGAGGGGUUAUAUGGGAGUUUGACAAAUAAACUCUUGAUGUUGGCACAAUUAUGUCACAUAUAUUGCUGCCUUCUUUCAUUUCCUCCUUCCCACAAAUUGGUCUCUGGAGCAACCCUCUCUUCUCGAGAAGUUUCAGGGAUUAGGGUGAUUUAGAAGUUUCUUGUCCUUGGUUAGACUCUUGAUUGAGUAGUUAUCGUCAGUUGACAAGGAGAUAACUUCCUUGUUUAAAUUUUGGAUUUUUUUUUUUUACCUGAAACAUGAAAAGGCAACUAGAUGAACAUAGUUUUGGUUACAGUUUAUGCCUGGUCACUUAUUCUAUGACCCUAAUUCUCUUUUUGGGUUAUGAUCAUUAAGAGUAGUACUUCAUUUCCACAUUUACUUCAUUAAUCGGAUAUGCUUAUGUUCCACCUUACAAAAACCAGAUAUACUUAUCCUCGAUGUCCUUGGAUAGGAUUGUGGUCCUGUGGAGCAACAAAAUUGAUAUACUUUUCCUCUGUUACCUCCUCGUAA